AGACUAAAACGCUCACUCUCCUUCAAGACCAUGAUGCGCAGCAAAAGUGUGGAAAACUUCUUCCAAAGGUCUUACAGCGACGCUCGCCUGCCCCCGGAUUUCAUCACUGACCCGCCGCCUCCCUCUCCCCCACUAAUGCCUGGCUCCCCUCUCGUCGGCGACCGCUCACCCUCCAUUUCUCCGUCUCUCAGCCCCAACCCCUCCAUCUCCUCCCACUCCCCUUCUCUCAGCCUCUCCCCGUCGCUGCCCACCAAGCCUCCCCGACCUCAGAUCACCCACUGCUUCCAGGACCACGUGUUCCGCAAGCCUACCAACUGCCAACACUGCAAAAACAUGAUAGUCGGAAACUCCAAACAGGCUCUGCGGUGUAAAACAUGCAAGAUGGCAGCUCAUUUGUGGUGCACGUCAGAACUAUCACAGCAGCUGUGUCAUGGGAAGUCUGGAGCCUUCAAGCGAAACUUCAGCUCCCCGAUGCUCGUCAAUGACCAACUGUCCGUCGUCAAGGAAGUCCAGCCAAGUCAAGACAUCCCUGUCCCCGAGCCUGAGAUGGAGAAAGAGGAAGAGGAGAGCAGCGGUCAAACUCAGACUCCUGCAGAGGACAGCAGUGUGAAGAUGCCCAAGCGCAUUGAAAUACACUCCAUCCACACCUAUGUCGCCCUCUACAAGUUCCUGCCCCAGGAACAGAACGACCUGGAACUCCAUCCCGGUGAUCGGGUGCAGGUCACUGACGACUCUAAUGAAGAGUGGUGGAAGGGCAAGUGUGGCGACAGAGUCGGUUUCUUCCCGGCCAACUUUGUACAGAGGGUCCGGCCAGGAGAGAGAGUGUGGCGGGUCGUCCAGGGUCUACCAGGCAACCGAGAGAGAGGUCAUAUGGCAGUGAGGGAAUCCCAGAUCUGUGUGGGGAAGCUUGAAGAUGGCGAGGUUUUUCUGAAGCUGAGCAGUGGCAAGAAAAGAGGGCUGGUCCCAGCUGAUUCCAUCGAGGAAAUCUGAGCCUCUUUGUGGUCAUCAACCACCCUUCUACUCCUGCCCCCCUCUUCCCACAGGAUGUACCCUUCAUCAAACUAUUAUCAGCCCCCACCCCUACCUGUCUCUUGGCUAAAAGACUGCAGCAGCCGCCCCAUCCAGUCCUGACUGACUUCAAACUCAGACAAAGUGGAUGAAAAACAAACUCUUGUACAAAGAGCUGAAGCUGCAGAAGAACAAAGGGUUUGCAGCUGAAUUGGUUUACUGUCUUUAAUCGUCUUUCAUGAAAUGCACAGUUAUGCUGCAGUCGUGCGCUUAGAAAAGAACUGUCUCUCUGCAGCCUCUGUAGAUUUAUCAUACGAAUACAAAAAUCAAUGUUUAGUUUGACAAAGGCUGUGCAACUCAAAAGGCUUUGAAUAAGCUCCUCAGAAGCCAAUUCUCAUUAUGUUUUUACCUCAUCAAAGAGAAAUCUACCAACGUGGGAGUCCUGUCUCUAUUAUUUUCUUGUUUAGUAUGUUUCAUUUCUUGUAAGGGUGUCUGGAUUAAGCUCCAUGUUGCACAACUGGAAGCACUCACCAAGGACAACCACUGCCAGCCCUAAAAAAAGCUAUACUGCCUGUCAGACAGACGGCAGCAUCAGAUGAAAGCAGCACACAUGAUCCAAAAAGCUUCGUAAGUGUCAGACUGAGUUAUAGCUUCGCUCACCAACUCGAGAGUGAAGAAAUGAGAAGAUUUGAAAAGGAAAAUUGGAGGCUCCAAGGGCCUUUUCACUGGAAGCUCAAAAGAAAUUUCCCCUGACUUCUUCAGUC